ACCAUACACAGGAGAGGAGGGAGGAAUAGGUAGUGAGAGAGAGUCCAAGACCGCCAGCGUACGAUCCAGCGCCGAGAGCCAUCAAUGAGGAAGUGUACUGAAGCUGCUGUGUGGAGGCAAGUAAACGUCUCCUCUCUGUAGUUCAUGGAGGGAGCGUCACGCAUCAAAACGCGCGGACUGGUGACCAUAUCGUAAUGGGAAUUACCGGGAUGUCAAGGGAAUAAUAUCAGUAAUCAUGUGCCUAAUCGGCACCAAGUCGGUGCCACUUCAGCGGUAAGGUUUUUAGAGAGAAAGGAGGAGGAGGGGUAGACAGCCUGGCAGACAGGUGCGACUCCACAUCCCGUUUCAUUUUCUCUCGGUCCUAUUAAGUAGUAGGAGCCAUGGAUACCCGCAAAGAAAACAAGGCAAGAAAAGCCAUGAAACCCAAAACGACGAAGCGAAAAGAGAAGAAAUACAAAACCGGGAAGUUUAUCAGGAGGAAAUCGCUGCGAUCUUUUGGGAAUGUCAUGGGAAGGAUCCUUAAAACUUUAGGCACUUUGGCGCACUUUGGCGACGCGGAACCACCGGACGCGGAGGACGACGACGGCGGCUUCGGGCACAGCGAUUCUGGGGGUUUCAAAGACGACUGCGUGCAGACCUCCAGAGAGGGAACCGUGAAGAAGUGCUCCACGGCGUCCUCCUCUCACGGCUCGGUGAAAGACAGGCUGUCGUGGUGCUACGGCGACAAGACCCCCGGGGUGCUGGGGCUGAAGAACCACGGUAACACCUGUUUCAUGAACGCCGUGGUUCAGUGCCUCAGCAACACGGACCUGCUGGCCGAGUACCUCGGGCUGGAGCAGUACAAGACUGAUUUGUGCCACAGGAGGGUUAACGGGGAGGUGAGAAGCGAGGAGCCGCAGACCGCCAGAGGAGAGGUGACCGAGCAGCUGGCGUCGCUGGUUCGAGGGCUGUGGACGCUGGAGUACACCCCGCAGCUGUCUGUGGAGUUCAAGAGCAUAGUGGCCAAGUACGGCUCUCAGUUUCGGGGAAACUCUCAGCAUGAUGCCCUCGAGUUCCUCCUUUGGCUUUUGGACAGAGUUCAUGAAGAUGCUAAUCACAGCCCCAACAACAACACUAACAGCAGCAGCAGCAAGACCAAAGCCAACGCUAAGGGACCCAGUUCACUGGAGGAUCCUUCCAGUCCCAGUUCAGCCAGCACACAACAGCCUCGAGAUCGACAUAGUUUUGUCCAGGAACACUUCCAGGCUCAGUACAAGUCUUCUCUGACGUGCCCUCAUUGCCUUAAGCAGAGCAACACCUUCGACCCAUUUUUAUGUAUCUCCCUGCCUAUCCCCCUACGACAAACCAGGCCGAUGUGUGUGACGCUGGUGUUCAGUACGAAGGGUCAGAGGUACCUGCGGGUGGGGCUGGCUGUACCUCUCUUUGGUUCCCUGUCCUGCCUGAGAGCCAUGGUGGCAGAGGAGGGUAAAAUCUCCCCAGACCAGGUCAUCCUAUCAGAGUUGUACUCCACGGGUUUCCAGCGUUCUUUUUCAGAUGAUGAUGACCUGACAGCAAUUGCUGAUAGCGACGUCAUCUACGCCUUUCAGGCUCCUUCCCUCUAUAGUCGUGGAGGCUCCGCACCGCACUCAGGGUAUCACCACAGCCUCCCCUCCUCCCCCUGCUCCUCUGCGGCUGGACCCGAUGGUCAGAAGUUACCUCCGUCUGGCACCCUCUCCUCUGAAUACCUGAACCAGGGCGGCGCCACAAAGGUUCUCCUCAUCAUCUGCAACACAGCAGGAUCUGGCCAGCAGGCUAUCAGGUUUGGACCUCCAUUUCUCAUGCGUGAGGACAGGAGCAUCUCCUGGGACCAGCUUCAGCAGAGCAUCCUCAGCAAGCUCUAUUAUCUGAUGCUGAAUGGAUCUCAGGCUCAGAAUGCUGGGGUGCUGUUCAAAAUCAGAGUAGUGGGAGGAUCGGCAGCCUACAGCUACCUGUCCCCAAAGGACAGCAGGCCACUGUACCACCCUGCGGUUGACAGAGCUCUGAAGUUCUGCGGCCCUGGGGGACCUCCCCACCUGAAGGUUGUCAUCGAGUGGGAGAACAAGACUAAAGAAUGUCUUUUUGGCAGCAUCCAAGAGGAGGUGGUCAAGGAUGCGGAGAGUGUGAGGAGCCAGCAGCAGCAGCAUCUGCAGCAGCAUAGCUGUACCUUGGACGAGUGCUUUCAGCUGUAUACCAAAGAAGAACAGCUUGCCCCAGAUGAUGCCUGGAAGUGCCCCCACUGUAAGCAGCUUCAGCAGGGCAUGGUGAAGAUGAGCCUGUGGACUCUCCCUGACAUACUUAUCCUCCAUCUCAAGCGCUUCAGACAGGUUGGCGAGCGGAGGAACAAGCUGUCAACCCUGGUGCGUUUCCCCCUGACUGGUUUGGACAUGGCCCCCCAUGUGGUAAAGAGGAGUCAGAGUAUGAGGAACCUGAACUCAGGGGCCUGGCCACCGCCCUGGAAGCAGGCUUCAGGCCAACACCACCAACCUGCUGACAUGAUCCUCCCCCACGACUAUCUGUACGAUCUCUACGCUGUGUGUAACCAUCAUGGAGGAAUGCACGGAGGACAUUAUACUGCUUACUGUCGGAAUUCAGUGGACGGACAAUGGUAUAGCUACGAUGACAGCAGCGUAGACUUGGUGCCAGAGGAAGAAGUAUGCACCAGAGGAGCCUACAUCCUUUUCUACCAGAGACGCAACACCAUUCCUCCAUGGUCGGCCAAUUGCUCCGUCAGAGGAUCCACAAGUUCAUCAAUGUCAGACCACUGGCUAAUCCGACUGACGGGGGAUAGUAAGAGAGGCAGUCUGGUCUCUCGAUCCUCCACCACCUGUCCAUCUUCAUUACCUGACUCGCCUGAGUCUCCGGUCUUCCUUGAAAAUGGUUCUAAACAGGAAAGAGGGGGGUUUGAGAGCAGGCCAUUUAUCAGGGGUCUUCAGGGACGCAGCGUGAGCAUGAGAGCCCCCAGCAAGCCCAGGGACACCCUGAGCAAAAUGUUUCCCCUGCGCUGGUCCUUUGGUUCAAAGGACAUACGUAAACCUGAACAAGUGCCUCCAUCUGUUCAAGAUCCUGCCCCUGUGGAGCUGGUACAGUACCUGGAAUCUGGCCGGCGGCCCCGGUGCACAAAGGAUCCAAUAGUAACGUUGAUGAGCGACCCACGCAUCACAAAGGCAGCUGCUGAGGGCCGGGCUUCAACCAGUGUCCGAUCUUCCAGUGUUGGGAACUUACAUUUUAUGAAUAAGGCAGGGGAUGAGCUGCCACCUGAGUCUCCACAGGUCCCAGAGGGCCAGAGGAGGCCAUCAGAUAAGACCGCCAGCUUGAGACGCAGGAAGGGGAGCCAGACAAGAGAUGAGAGCAUCACCAAUAUCAGCAGUAGCUCUAGCAGUAACACCCUCACCAGGAGGAAGGACGCCAGGAAGCAAAGCUCCUUCAAAGCAUCGCAGGAUACUACUGAGACAAAAAGGAGUUCCAGUUCUGGAGUUCAGCCCAGCUACAGCACUCCUAGCCUUCAUGAUGGGACCCUGAGGAGACAAAAAGGGGACACAGGGUCUGAUAGGGAACACCGUGGUGCAUAUGAAGGAAACUCUAAGACCAAGAAAGGAGAAGUGCCCAAGAGCCAUGAGGGACUGCUCUCUUUCUUUAAAGGUAACUUCCUGAAGAAGGAUAAGGACUCAAGGAAGUCCAAGGAGGGUGAGUCAGGGAAAGGAGGAGCUGAGGAAGGAGGCAGGAGGACUCUCUCUAGGCUGUCACUGUCCAACGGAGCAGCAGGAGGAGGAACUGGGGUGGAAGGAGGCAGGUCUAAUGGCUCUGGCCAUAUGGGCGAUGAGCUGUCAAACGGGAUGGUGGGACGAACCACGGCGGAAAUUAAGCGCUCCCAGAGCUCCUCCAACAUCCCCACCAAAUCGGAGCAGAGCAUGCGUAGGACAGCAUCUCUGCAUCGUAACGGGAUGUCUACAGCCCCAGCACCAUCACGCAGCCUGACAACAGACAAACCGUCUUACGGCACCCUGCAGAGGACUCGUUACAGCACAACCUCGCUGGGACGCAAAAGGACAGUCCCAGAGUCCAGCUUCUGACACAGAGAUAUUCAACACAUCCAUUCCACACACACACAAAGCCUUUUAUAUUUCAUAAAGUGAAUGAUGUGCAAUCUCUGAGAUCAAAGCAAUAGAGCUCCAUUUACAGUGGUACGCCUUUUUGUCCCUGGAGAAUGAACUGUCUUAAGUGGCCUGCACCAUGGAGUUGAGAGACACGGAGUAAAGGAAGGAUCCUUUAACUGGGAUAUAAUAAGAGCAGAAUGAAAUGAUAUCCAUCAAACAUCAGAGGGAGUCCAUUUUUAUUCAUUUUUGUAUUACUUCAAACAAGUGCCUGAGCAACUAAUAUGCAGUUUAGACCAAUGAGUUUGUCUGUUUAGCACUGGAAGCAAGAAAUCACACACACACACACACACACACACACACACACACACACACACAAGCAUAUUAUCCGCAUUUGUGUCUUAUUACUGUAGUGUGAGUGUCUGAAUUCAUCACUACCUUUUGAAUUAUCUUGGUUGUUUGUCACACUGAUUGUGUUCAUUUAUAAGAAUGUAAUGGGUCCACUUGAUUAAUGGUUGUGCUUUGAGGCUGCAGUUUGCGAUUAACAUCAAUUUUUUUUUUUAUCUUUAAUCUGUGAAAUGUUUAUUUAAAAUUCAGGCUGACUUUACACACAAAGCAGUGUUUUUAGAAAGCAUUGACAUGUCCCCAUGCGACCCAGAUUGCAGCUGUUGUUUAUUCCAUGUUAAAAAUUAUAAGGACAAGUAACACUUUAUUUGUCUACUGUGAAGUGUAAUAUUAAUGCAAUAUCCACUCUUAGAAAAUGUUUUGCACCUUUUUAUAUAACAUCAAUUAACCAUAUUGAAUGCAUUCAUGGUGUUUAUUUUCAUCUUCAAUUCUGGUGUAACCACUUUAUUUCUCUUAGUUUAUGAUUUCCUGUGUCAUGGAAACAGUUGCAUUUAGCUGUGGGAUAUGGGAUGGCGUUGACCACAAUCAGCACAGCAAGAGAGUGUGGCUUUUUCUCAGAAUGCAGAAUGUGGCUGCAUCUCAUGUUGUUCUAUUGAAGCUGUGGUUGUACGUAGCUGUCUAAAAAUAUUCCUUUCUCUUUGAUUGUGAGGGGUUUUUCACAAGAAUCUGACAUUUGCUGGUGUUAAUUUUUGCAAUCAAUUUUCACUGUAGCAGAGCUUGAAGUAUUGCACCCUGAUAUUGACCGCAUUUGGCCAGUUAACUAAGAAAGAUACUCCACACAACACCAAAAUGGAUGCUAAAAUGUUAAGUGCAAAGAGUGUCAGUGUUUUAGGGUGGGGUCUUUCCUUUAAUUAUGCCUAGUCUGAACAAUCUAUAUAUAGAUAUAUCUAUUUUAUUUUUAUGUAUGCAUUUACUGUGUUUUCUUUUAGCUAACACAAGCUAACUAGUACUAAAUAGCUGUCAACACUAACUGAGAAUUGUGCCAAGAAGAUCCCUCUAAGUGUCUAAGUGUUUAUUCAGCACAAUCCAUCCCUUGUUACAAAUGUAAUGUAACAAAAUGUACAGUCCCUCUGACACUAAGCUCUGCCGAUAGCCCCACCCCCAAGGUUGUGAUUUUAAAUCUUUCAUACUAAUCAGUGAGAACUGUAAUGUUCCUGUUAUUUUGUGAAUCCGGCAUAAUGAAGGUUUUUCUGUGCACUUUGUCUUUUCACAGGUUAGAGUAUGAUGAUAAAUUAUGACAGUAUUUAUGUCCCAUGAGCAUGAGUUAUACUCUGCAACAUUUAUUUUGGACUCUAUGGAGGCACAUACAGGCAUAUUUAAUUUAAUUUAGUGUAAUCUGUUUUAUUUUUACUUUACUACCUUUUUUUCAAUAUGCAUGGGCUUCACAUCUACAUGGUUAGUUUUUACUUGUAUGUAAUACUUAGUGACCCUCCAUUAAUGAAAAUUGGUGACUUCCUAUUCACUAGCCUGCUUCUAAUUCUGGUUGAACUAUGACGGUAUAACAGGCUGGCUGGACCUGCUCAUAUGCUGCUGCAGUUAUAUUUCAAUGUUGUAUGUGCACAGAUAUUUCCCAUGAUGCCUUCUCAGGCUCUACACAUGUAUGGCCCCUCAUUAAUAUUUGCACAGUGCUGAGAUUUCUUUUGCACAUUACACAUAAGGGGAUCUCUUAAGUAAAUAGCACUACUGCUAAUGCUACACUCGAGGGCAUAGCUGUUAAAAAAGAUCUGUCAUCUUGCGAACAGUUUACUGACAGGGUUAUAUAUGUUACAUAUCUUUCUAUUUAAGUUGGGAAGCUGCUUUUGUUCACCUCUCACCAACAAUAAACACAUUGGAAUAUUGA